AUGUCGAAAAUCAAAAAUGAAGAUAUCAAGGGUUCAAUUAUCGUCUUGACGCUGUAUAUUCUGCAGGGACUGGCUCUUGGAGUAGUUGGAUGUGUCCCCUUAGUGUUGAAUUCCAUGGGCGUGGAAAUGGAGGAUCAGGCGAUCUUUAGCUUGGCAAUGUGGCCUUUUUCAAUCAAAAUUCUCUGGGCGCCGAUAGUUGAUUCGAUUUCUUUCGGGAAAUUCGGAUGGAGAAAACCUUGGAUUAUUCUAGCGCAAAUGACGGUCGGAUUGCUCUUCUUUGCUGCGAGUUUGGGAUUUGAAAGCUUUGUCGAGAAUGGUCAAAUAGCCCUUUUGACUGGAAUGUAUUUCCUGAUCAUCGGAAUGGUGACCGUCCAGGACAUCUCUGUCGACGGCUGGGCCUGCUCCCUCCUCAGUCAAGAAUACGUCGGAAUGACGGCGAAUCUUCAACUCGGCGGACAGCUUAUUGGUGCUUUUAGCUGGAACAUUUACUUUUCAUUUCUGGAUGAGACGAUUGGAUAUGUUCUUUUUCUCAAAUAUGUUUCGCUCAUUUACUUGAUCACGACAGUUCUGGUCCUCAUUUUUGUCAAAGACACGAGUGUGUCUGAGAAUAACUCGUGGAAAUCGGUGGCGGUUUCUUAUACGAAUAUUUUCAAGCUGCUGAGUUUGAGGCCGAUUAUUUGGCUAGUCAUUUUCUGCCUCACAUCUAAGGUCGGUUUCGCCCCGCAUGGAGAAGCUCUGAUGCUGAAAAUGCGUGCCCGUUGCGUUGAAAAGAAAAUAUUCUCAAAAGUCAGCUUCGUCAUGAAAUUUUUCAACAUCGCCACUGCAGCUGCAAUGGUCAAAUUCACAAGAAAACGAUCGCUCAUUACAUUUCUCUAUGCCUAUCCUUUCUACAUGCUUGCGACUUGUUGUUCCGGAUUCAUGCUGAUGUACGCUGAGCAGUUGGUUGCAAACGGAAGUAUCACGUGGACGAUUAUCGGCGUCAAUAUGGCUUCGUUACUCGCUCAUCAUGGGGUCUACCUAAGUUCCCAAGGGUUCUUUUUCUACAUUGCUGACGAAUCAAUGGGCGGAGUUUACAUGACUCUUCUGAAUUCAAUGUAUAAUAUGGGAGGAGUUUGGGUUGAAACCGUCUCGUUGAAAACUCUUGGAUUCAUUGACCGCGAUCUGGAGCUGGACAAAGAUUACUGCGACAAAUAUGAAAAUGGAUCGGGAGUUUACGACCCCAACGAAACGCAAUUUACUGGCUGGGACAGCUACUACUCCUUGUGCAUUUUCUCCCUCGUCGUCGGGACGAUUUGGUACGCCCUCUUCUUCAACAAGAUCAAAGAGCUGCAGGACACUCCAGUCGAAGAGUUCAGGCUGGAGAAACAGAAGAAAGAAGAGACUCUGCUAUCAGAUGAGAAAGAGAAACCAUCUGAAGAUAUUGUUUCUGCUCAAACUUCAUAA